UAGAAGCCUGAACUCCUCAUAGAGAUGGCGUUAAUUUCACUAAUAGCUUCUUUGUUUUUGGUCUCAGUUUCACUGCCAAUUUCUAGUUCAAUCUGUGGUGAAAUUUUCAGUCAGUGCAUGACAGCUCAAUCCAGUUACUACACAAGAAUUUCUGAUCAAACAAUUCACACCUCAAAUUCCUCUUUGUAUACAACAAUCUUGCAAUCUUCCCAACAAAAUCCCAGAUGGUUAAACUCCACAUCAAAGCCUCUUCUUAUUGUUACACCUCUCAAGGAAUCUGAAAUCCAAGCAGCUGUUCUUUGCAGCAGAAAACUUGGCUUACAAGUCAGGGUUAGAAGUGGAGGCCAUGACUUUGAAGGCCUGUCUUACCUCUGCAAAACCCCAUUUGUCCUCAUUGACCUCAUCAAUCUGCGUUCUGUUGUGGUAAAUGUUGCAGAUCAAACAGCUUGGGUUCAGUCAGGAGCUACACUUGGUGAGCUUUAUUAUAGCAUUGCCAAGAAAAGUGAGGUCCUUGGAUUUCCAGCAGGGUUUUGUCCUAUUGUUGGGAUUGGUGGGCAUUUCAGUGGAGGUGGGCUUGGUACCUUGAUGAGGAAGCAUGGCCUAGCAGCUGACAAUGUCAUAGAUGCUCGCCUAAUUGAUGUCAAUGGAAGAAUCCUAGACAGAAGAACAAUGGGUGAGGAUCUGUUUUGGGCCAUUAGAGGAGGUGGGGGAUCAAGCUUUGGGAUCAUACUUUCAUGGAAAAUCAAAUUGGUUCGGGUUCCAAAAAUUGUGACUGUUUUUACAGUUCAUAAAACAUUGGCAGAAGGUGCAAGCAAGCUUGUUCACAGGUGGCAAUACGUUGCAGACAAGUUUCAUGAAGAUCUUUUGCUCAGGAUCAUCAUUGAAAAUAUGGGGAGUGGGAAGGAUAAAAAAGUCCAAGUAUCUUUCAGCUCACUGUUUCUAGGAGGAAUUGACAGACUAAUGCCAUUGAUGGAUCAGAGCUUUCCAGAGCUGGGAUUGCAGGCAAAAGACUGCAUUGAAAUGAGUUGGAUCCAAUCUGUCCAGUAUUUUGCUGGCUUCCAAAAAGACCAGUCCCCAGAGGUCUUGCUGUACCCCCUCCGGAAGAUCAACUUCAAGUCUAAAUCGGACUAUGUGAAGCAACCUAUACCAGAGGUUGGUCUAAAAGGGAUUUGGGAGUGGUUUCAGCAAGAUCAAACAGUGUUCAUGACAAUGGAUCCUUUUGGUGGAAAGAUGAAUGAGAUUUCAGAAUUUGAAAUUCCAUUUCCCCACAGAAAGGGUAAUUUGUACAACAUACAAUACAUAGUGAAGUGGGAUGUAAAUAGUGUUGAGGAAACCAACAAGCAUAUACACUGGAUAAGAAUGCUUUAUAGGUUUAUGAGCCCUUAUGUUUCUAGAUCUCCAAGGGGUGCCUAUAUCAACUAUAAGGAUCUUGAUUUGGGGAGCAACAAGCAAGACAACACAAGCUACUUGGAAGCAAGUGCUUGGGGCACAAAGUACUUCAAGGGUAAUUUCAAGAGGCUGGCACAAGUGAAGAGCAAGGUUGAUCCAGACAACUUCUUCAGAAAUGAACAAAGCAUUCCACCUCUUCCUGCUUCGUUUAGAAUUACAGACUUUUAGACCAAGACUUCUGUCUGUUUUGCUUUAUAUGUACGUUAAGUGCUUUUUUAUAACAACUUCAGCAAAGAAAGCCUCUCAUCUUAGUUUUCGGCUUUUUAAAUUUGAAGGAUAACGUAGCUUUCAGCUUAUCAUAUAGCCAGCAUGUGACAUAAU